ACGGGUGAAACGAGUUACGUUCUGAGUCCAUAGUCUCCAUACAGUACCAUGUUGUGAAACAGAGCUUUCUUCUUCUUGAAUUUUUUCAGUACGUACUAUCGUAGUAGCUGUUCUGGGCUGCAGCCUGGAGAUUUUCAAGCCAGAAAUAGUACACUGUAAAAUUCCAAAAGAAAUUCAAAAAGAGAUACUACUAGUACUUUGUAGUGUCUGACUACUAGUUGUUGAGCUUAUUAGUUGUGAGUUGGCACACGUGCACGAUGGACAUUGGAAUCCACAGAGAACUGUGCCAACUUGUUGAAGAUAUCACAACAUCAGGCUGUGCUUCCCUGGAUGAGAAAAAAUGCAAAGCUAUAAAGAAUAUUUGCAAGAAGUCUGAUGUUUACGUGAAUGCUGUGUUCACAUUACUGAUGGAUCAGCUGGAACGGGAGCAUGCGCAGAUUCGCCUCUCAUGCCUGCUCCUCAUUGACCAGUUGUUCUGCCGCAGCCAUGCUUUCCGCACACUGAUGGUGACCGACCUGCAUAAGAUCAUGACCUACUGUAUGGGCACAGAUGUUGCAAUACCCCUGCCCCGACCCAAAGACGUGGCGGAGACUAUGAAGCGCAGGUCGCUCAAGUGCUUCAGUGAAUGGCAUCAGCGCUUCGGCGAGCACUACAAGAAGCUGGCAUUGGGCUACAGCUACUUACAGAAAACCAAGAAGGUGGACUUUGCUAACUUGGAGGCACAGUCGAACCAAGAACGCCGGCGGGCCGAUGCUGAAGCGGAGCGAAGGCAAAUCAUUCUUCAGCGCAAGCUAGACCAUGUCAAAGCACAAAUGAACGAAAUGAUAGUGGACAUGGAGAGCUGCAUUACCGAAAUGGAGUCCUGCUUUCAGCUGCUUCUACCCAGUGUGGCAGAGUUUGAACCAGCCGUGCAGACACGUGGGAGUACUACAUCUGCUGGAAAGACGCCGAAAAGCAGAACGGUGAAUGCACAGUGUGCCAGCACAGCCCAGCCACCACUGGCUGCUGCUCAUGGAUCAAGUGCAGCCGAGGAUGUGCCUGCAGAAACUACAUCAGCCGUGUGCAAUUCUCAAACUAGGACCGGUCUCAGAACGCGAUCUUCAUCCUCAGCUGAUCGAGCCGAGGCUGCUGAGCCUGGUCACGCAAACGCUGACCGUAUGUGCCGGACUGUCUCCGUGUCAUCAGCUGAUGUGGAUAACUUUGAGGAGUGGGAAUACGAGGAGGAGGAUGUUGCGGAUGCCAGUAGCGUCGACGAGGAUGGCACACUGCGUGCCCAGGGCAUGGCAAAUAACUACUGUCUGACGCUUGAUGCCAGGUCUUUGACGAUGGCUGGCGGUGGAGGCUAUAUCAUAGCCGAGGAUGCAGACAACAGUGACCUGCUGACGACACUAGCUGACAAUCGGCGGCUCAUCAUUCGAAAGUUCCUGCCUGUAACAGCUGCUUGGCUUGUGGUUCUUACCAAGAGUGCCGAUAAAGAAGGAGAAAGGCUGAGACGGGUCAUGGACUGUCGCAUGCAGAUGAAUGCCAGUGUGGACAAGUUCUCCGAGUUGAAAGUGGAAUGGCGAGACCGAAGCUCUUCUUCUCAACGCAACGCAGAUGCAGGUGGAGAGUCCUCUGAAGAGGAUGAUGAGGACGUAGAGUUUGAAGAAGUGCCGGAGAAAGAAGGCCUGGAAAUGGCUGUGGUGGACGACCCGGAGCUCGAUGCAGCUCUGGUGGCUUCGCGGCGCUCUGCACAAGCGGAUGACUCCAAGAGGCCAUCCAAAGCUAGCAGUGCAGCUGCCCCGCUGGUGUCCUCCUGGUCAAUGUCCACAGUUCACGAGGACCAAAAAGCCAUCGACCCCACCACUAUGGCUGCUCAACUCUCUACUCUGUCGCGCGGUGAGAAGAAAAGCACUGCUGCGGAUGACAGUUUCCCUGCCAACCCUGACUCAUCAUUUUCUAGUACCACUACCACUGCUGCUGCUGCUGCUGCUGCUACUACAACCGAUCUUUUAUCUGUUGCGCCGAAGGUUCGUUUCGAUACGGACAUCCUAAACUGGGGUGUGGAUGGUGACGCUCCACCAUCCAUUGUGAAGCUUGACUCACUACAUCGGUUCUGGAACAAUGCCGAUACAGAGCCAGAGUUUGUCAAUAAGGAUCUAUGGGAAAGUGCCAACCAGCGUUCCAUUUUGUUCACUGGCAAGUUUGAGCCCGUCAAGUGGAUGUGCCGUGUGCCAUUGCCAUCCGGGAAGCUGUGUCCGCGCAAAGAUAGGGUCAAGUGUCCUUUCCAUGGUCCCAUCAUAGCACGUGACAACCAGGGCCGACCUGAUACUACCGGGCAGACUGGUGAUGAAGAUAAUGCUGGACAAUCUUCUCUGGACAAAAACAAGUCAGCUGCAGCUGCUGCAUCCAGCGCGGGCACGUCAAGCUCUACGACGGCAGCUCCACGGGCAGCAUGGUUGGAUCUGGAAGCAGAUGUUGCAGCUGCCGUCGGUGUGCCGGAAAUGCAAGCGAAACCCCCGCGCAAGAAGCGAAAAGCUGUUGCAAAGGAGUCCACUCUGGCAGAUUUGGACGCUGAUGUGAACACACCGAAGUCCCGUAUCGCUAAGCGAAUCUUCAGCAAAGGGGCUAUCAACCGUGUGAGUGCUAACCUGGACGCCAUUGCCACCAAGCGUGGAGAGGAUCGCUUCGGCAACCAGUGGAACUACUCCUUUGGCACAUCCUCAAAUUGAGAGCAAUCAUUGCAAGUGACUGGUCACUAUUUUGGCCAAGCGACACCUGUCGCUGUUCUAGCAGGCACAUGCUUUCCCGCCCACUGCGCUACCGGGACUUGAAAUAGUUCUUAGUGGUGUGCUCAUCUGCAAUGCUCAUGCAGUACUAACUUAGUUCAGAGGGCAAGUCUUGCAAGUCUGUACAAGACCACACUCAGUGUGUAUAGUGCAUGCCUCCUCCUCUGGUGUACACUAGCCUCAUACUUUUUUAAAUACUUUUUUUUAAUUUCUAUUUUAAACAGUUAUUAUUAAACACUAUCGACAGUACUGAAACACGUUAUCCACUCGCCGCCUUCAAUUGGUACACACACACAUCUACAAGUAGGACACGGUUGGAUGGGACAUAUCUUUUUUUAAUGUUCUUUAAAAAAUUAUUUUGGACAUGAUAGGUAAGAAUUAUGCAAAAUACUGAACUAAAAUAUUUUACCAGAAGUAUAUCUUCCCGCAUUCAUUUCUCCCCCCCCCCCCCCCAAUGACAGCUUUAAUAUGAGUUACGCCAAGAGGACAUUGGUUUAUGUACUCUUGGUUAUGGUUUAUGUACUCUUGGUUACACAGCAUAGUGCUAAUUUCUCAACUUGUACUGCAAGUAGGUAUUGUUGCCUGCUGUCAUCUACACAUUGCCUCUUGCUGAUAGUAUACUGAUACAGAGCGUCUGUGCUGUGCUCCCACAGUCAGAUUGAUCAUUAUAGUGUGCGAGGAUUAGA